CAGGCCGAUCGUGCUCCGCCCGGGUGAAAGGGCGGCGGCGGCGCUGGGCGGGGCCGAGUUCCACGGCCCGCGGCCGGGCUGUGGUGGGUCUUGAGAGCCGCUCAGGCGGGGCGGGGCCGGCCGAGCGGAGUCCGCGCCUACCCGCGCUGAGCUGCCCGCUCCGGCGGCUGCGCUGCUCGCCUGCCGCGACGUCGCGCCGGGGUCUCCAAGCAUGACCGAGCUGAGGCAGAGGGCGGUCCGGGAGCCGGACGCGCCGCCCGAGGACAAGGAAUCGGAGUCAGAAGCAAAGGUAGAUGGAGAGACUGCAUCGGACAGUGAGAGCCGAGCGGAAGCUGCUCCUUUAUCAACCUCUGCAGAUGAUACCCCAGAGGUCCUCAACAGGGCCCUUUCCAACUUGUCUUCAAGAUGGAAGAACUGGUGGGUGAGAGGCAUCCUGACUUUGGCCAUGAUUGCAUUUUUCUUCAUCAUCAUUUACCUGGGACCAAUGGUUUUAAUGAUCAUUGUGAUGUGUGUUCAGAUUAAGUGUUUCCAUGAGAUUAUCACUAUUGGCUACAACGUCUACCACUCCUAUGACCUGCCCUGGUUCAGAACCCUCAGCUGGUACUUUCUCCUGUGUGUAAAUUACUUCUUCUAUGGUGAGACGGUGACCGAUUACUUCUUCACUCUGGUCCAGAGAGAGGAGCCUUUGCGGAUUCUCAGUAAAUACCACCGGUUCAUUUCCUUUACUCUCUACCUAAUAGGAUUCUGCAUGUUUGUACUGAGUCUGGUCAAGAAGCAUUAUCGACUGCAGUUCUACAUGUUUGGUUGGACCCAUGUAACAUUACUGAUUGUUGUAACUCAGUCACAUCUCGUUAUCCACAACCUGUUUGAAGGAAUGAUCUGGUUCAUUGUCCCCAUCUCUUGUGUGAUCUGUAAUGACAUUAUGGCCUAUAUGUUUGGCUUCUUCUUUGGUCGGACCCCACUCAUUAAGCUGUCCCCGAAGAAGACCUGGGAAGGCUUCAUUGGGGGCUUCUUUGCUACUGUGGUGUUUGGCCUUCUGCUGUCCUAUGUGAUGUCCGGGUACAGAUGCUUUGUCUGCCCCGUGGAAUACAACAAUGACACCAACAGCUUCACUGUGGACUGUGAGCCCUCGGACCUCUUUCGUUUGCAGGAGUAUAACAUCCCUGAGGUGAUCCAGUCAGUCAUUGGCUUGACAACAGUCUGGAUGUACCCCUUCCAGAUUCACAGCAUCGCCCUCUCCACGUUCGCCUCGCUCAUCGGCCCCUUUGGAGGGUUCUUUGCAAGUGGAUUCAAACGAGCCUUUAAAAUCAAAGACUUUGCCAACACCAUUCCUGGCCACGGAGGCAUCAUGGAUCGCUUUGACUGCCAGUACCUGAUGGCCACCUUUGUCAACGUGUACAUUGCCAGUUUUAUCAGGGGCCCCAACCCAAGCAAGCUGAUUCAGCAGUUCCUGACCUUGCGUCCAGAUCAACAGUUGCACAUCUUCAACACACUCAGAUCUCACCUGGCCGACAAGGGGAUGCUGACAGCCACCACAGAGGAUGAGUAGGGGCCCCAGGGCCGAGACAGCAGGAGCAAACGGAGCGAGGGCUGGGCUCCAAGGCAAAGCCCCACUGGUGUGACUCAGUCAACGACAAGGCUUCAACUCACUGUUGUUUUUUUUUUUGGUAGAGUGUUUUUUAUUUGUGGGUUUUCAAAACAAUCUGUAUAUACAGUCUAUGUGCUUAUGAUUUGGGUUGUGGGUAAGCUACAGCUUUGAGUUGGAAAGAAGUCACGGGGAUCAGACCAUUGGGUUUUUUAAACAAAAGUUUUAACCUGGAAGACAGUGUUGCCCAACGGGGGUACAUCUGCUUGGUUCUUCUUACUCUCAAGCUAGAGUUUCUUUUGCUGGGCUCACUAAGAGAGUGGAUGUCCAUCUGUGGCUGACCAGUUCAGGGGCACCCCCUGGCCUGUCUUUGUAGCUGACAAUCCCCCCCCCACCCCCCAGCUGGGAAGAAGUGCACGGCUUGGAUGUCUUUGCUACUGGAGAGCUUUCACCUGGGCUUCUCGAGAAUCCCUGCCCUGGAGCGAUGGGACAGUUGCCUUCUGUAGGCUGGAGGGACAAAGGCUGAUUAAUUAGGUAAACAUCCUACCCACAAAGUCCUGUGGAGCGUGAGCUCUGCUUUAUGAUAUGGGUUCACCUUGCUUCAUCACAGACUGAAAGAAGGCUUCAGUAUUUUUUUUCAGGAAGCACGAGAAAUUAUUUAUAAUAGUCUGAAAAAAUACACUGUACUAUUUCAAGUGUAUGCAAUGGAAUGUACUGUUACGAGCCCUUUCCCGCAGGUUGUCGGCUCAAGUGGCUCCUCUUGGGCAGUCCAGCUAACUGUCUUUUCAGGGACGAUGCCGUUCAUGUUUGUGCUGUAGACUUGUUGCUGCUGAAUCCUUCUGGGGGGCCCUCCUGUUAGGCAGGGAGCAGGGGGCUUCUUGUUCAUGCACCCUUUGCCUGACCGACCACCCUUGUAGCUGCUGUGUUGGGUAUAUACUACUCUUAAGGCAGAUGUGUAUGUGUGUGUGUGUUUUAAAAAUCACUUAUUCUUGCAGUGAUUUCAGUUGUACCAUGACUUCUUCACUGAAACCACAAAAUCCUGCUUACAACUCUGGAAACCUAACCCUAUUAGAGGUGUGACUAUUCUGAAGAUUACAUGCACAUUUAUAUAUAUAUGUAUAAUGUGGCCGGUUUAAAUGUAGAUUGCAUUUUAUUGAAGGAACCUUUUUUCUUUUUACACUGUGAUAUCCCCCCCACCUCCCCCCCCCGCCUGAUAAUAGGAGUGAGGUUGACUUUGGGGAGACAAGUUCUUUGUCAGGACAACAAGCAAGGGAGGAUAGGAGAGAGAACCUGGUGCCCAGAGGCGUUCAGUUAUCCCGUGCCAAGGUGGUUCUCCUUGCCAAAUGAGGGUGCGGUGACUUGCUUCAGCACCUUGGUCUGAUCCUGGUUCAUUCUGUUUCUGUUUAAGUCAGCCGUCCUGCUUCCCUGAAAGCUCACAGUCAGCUCAGCUCACUGCCAUGUCCAGCACAGGGUGGCAGGCCCCUCAACGUGGCCGCUCACGGUCCCUGCGUGGCUCGCCCCACCUGCGCAGCACUGACUCAUCUUCUCCCCCCUGAGCUUGUACUUCCGUUUCAGCGUGUGGCUUUUCUGGUUCAGGGCUGAGGGCCCCUUAAAAACAAAAUGUGUUUUUGCGUGGUGUUUCCAUUCUGGCUGUGUGACCCUGGGUGCAGGACACAUCCCUCUCUGGGUCCUUGUUUUCUGAGUGCUCCCCUAAUUCCAGUAUCAAGUCAUGUCCUGGGCACCCAAACAGCAAGAGCUUUCAGGCCGUUUCUAAAUGCUUGUCCUUGAGAUGACUCAGUGUCUCACCAACAAAUCUUAAACAGUGGAGGUCAUUAGUAACACAUCUAGUUUUCACAUUGAAGAAUGGACUUGGUUGCUGAAACCAGAGACAGGAGGGGUUGUCUCUGUUGCCUUAUUCUGGGCAUACAGUGAAGGCCUUGAUGGUGGGGCCCAGCAGCCCUUGAAUAAGGCUGUCUUUGGGAUCGGCGUGCCUGGCACAAGCCUUUGUGGAAGUGGUCGCCGAGGGGAGCUCUGGGGUCCUGGGAGACUGAAGCUGGAUGCUCACUAGAGCUCUAAGCAAGAAGUCCAGAGGGUCAGCUUGGGUUUUAUCUUCUAUUUUCCCCACUUGCUUUCUGGUCAAGGAAGAGGAAUUUCCUAGCCUAGUAGCCAGGCAAGUAAAGCCACCUCAUGUCUCUAUCUACAUACAGUGUUUUUCUUUCUCCCAUUUAUUGAGAUAUUUCACCACACAGACAAGAUGCAAGAGACUGUUUUAACAUACCCCUGUGCAGAUCUUCAUGAAUGGCAUAACUUGCUUCAGAUCCAUUUUUGUGUGUGUGAGAAAUAAAAUGUGACAAACUGUGUGCUCUCCCUUGUUGUGACUUCAGUUUCUCCCUUCUACACAUGGUUUGAUGUUUGCCACUUGUUUUUGCAUCAUAAAUAUCAUGCAGUCCUGGUUUAGAGACUUUUGUUUUCUGCUCUGAUUCUUCUCCUUCUCACAGUGGCCUUCUGAGGUGCCUCAGGCAGUCCUGAGCACCUUACCGGUGAGGACGCUGAGGGCCAGAGCAGCAAAAGCGCUUCCCCACGGUCACGUGGGAGAGGCAAGCCUCACUCCACCUUGCACUCUGCUCGCCAAGACAGGGAUCAUCCCUAGCCCCACUUGCUUUUGUGAAAGUGGUGUUAAGUGUGCCGGGAAUUCUGCAGCAUCCAGUCCUCAUGCCAAGGACGGCCCACCUGUGCACCAGGUUGGAGUUUACAGGGGGAGCCGAUGAGCAAGGGUGUCAUGGAAACCAGGGAACGUCUGUAGAGGGCUGGGCCUGAGCAUCCUCCCUGGGGAGCCCUCAUGACUGCUCACAGAACACCUGAGUCUUUUCCCCUUACAAGCGCUUGCCACCCCCUUAACCACCCUCAGCGUUGACAAAGUACACAUGUAUGCUUUGCUUCUGAGAGUGAAACGCCCUAAGGCAGCCUGGGUCUUGUUUGUGUUUAUAAUUUUUUCCUGUUUCAUAUUCUGAGCAUAUUAGUAGCUACAGUAUAAUUAUAUUUAAAAUGUAUUUACUCUUAGUGUUUAUUAUAUUCUUUAUUUCUAGUUCUAUAAUGUAUGUCUGAAGUUAGUGUCUCUUUCACUUUUAGAAGGGGUGAAAUGUAACAUUUCAUCUUACACAAGUGGACUUUGGAGCCAUUUUCAUGGUAUUUAUUUUUUUCCCACUGGGCUUCUUCUCCUGUAACUUGACUUAUAUUUUUGGAAUCUUCCUGCAUACUCUAUUUUAAAGGAAAUUAAACAGACCCUGAUUUGAGUCUAAGCUAGUUGCUGAGUUGGCUAGAGGCUGAUCUGAAUGGAUCCUGGAGUUCAGAUCUUCAAAGUGUCCGUGAGUCCCCAGCAGGCUCAGAGUCACCCCUGAUGUUGAUGGGGCUGGGCAGCAGAGGGUGUGAAGGACUCAGGGCAAAGUGCGUCACUGCUCAGAGAACUCAGCAAUGGCCUUGCUCUGUAAGGAGUCUGCCCUAGGUCAGUUUCUAAGCAAGUAGCUUUUCAUUACUCUACCAGAUGUGAUCCAUCAUUUCUGGAACCUCUUCCUGUGUCCAUAAUAUCUUCGGCACCAUCUCGGUCUUUCAGACUAACUCUGUGCCCACCUUCCUUUCCCGUUGUGAGGAUGUGCUGAGUCGCAUUGAGUGAGGAGGCGGGUGGUUUCACUUGGACCCAGGGUUCCUGUUCUUCCAAAGUUGGGGAGGGGAGGAAGGGCUAAGAGGAGGAUGUCCAGGUGGAUGUCUAGACAUCACCAGACGGUAAACCGUGGGCAGACUCACGGUGCUUGUCUGUAGCAGGGGCUCUGAAGGAGCAGCUGGAACAAACCAGCAGCUUCCUGCGGAGAGGGGCUAACUCUUGGGCAGAGUCUCAUUAUCCUGUCCUUUCUUGGUCAAAACGAACUUCUUCCCUUGAUCGCUCUCCACACAGUUGCCCAAGUUUCCAGUUUUUGAAGACAUUUGCCACUCCCACUGCUUGACUUGGCUUCCCUUGUUGGGUUAAGACCUGAUGGCCUGAUGUGUAGAAGGUGCUGCUCUUUGGACCAAGUGAUGAUGAGGGAAGGUCUCUUCUAGGCCCACCUCCUCUUGGUCCUGGACUCUGCUCACCCACAUCUUUGCAGAGGGCGGCCCUCUUCUCAGCGAGGAACAGUUCCAGCUGCUGACUGCUUGUUCCACCGGACAGUGACCCUGUCUUUCUGUUCCUCCUGGCUCUGCCCUGCCACUCCCCCUUUCACGUCACACAGCAGUGACCUUACUUACCUGGGCUCUCAGCUGGGUAGAGGCUAUUCUUACCUGGGUUUGUCUUCUGAUUGAGACUUUGACCUGUUUGUAUGUGGACUGUGUUUUCAAGGGUAAAGAGAUCACAGCUGUGAGGGCAGUUUGGGAGGUAUAUCAGAUACUGAAGUGUUGGGGUUUGUAGAACAUGUGGGUGAUUUAUGAGACCAGGGGGCAGAAUAUGUGGCAUCUAGGAUUUUAUGGCCAGUGGGUUUCAAGUCUAUUGGCCAUUUGAAGACCCUGUCCCAUCUCCUCCCUCUCUCCACCAAAUGCCUAUCUGAUGCCAGCAGUGUGUUUAUUAAUAAUAAUUGCAAUAAUAGUCAUAGUGCUUAAUAUGUGCCAGGUAUAGUGUUAAGGGUUUACAUACAUUAUCCCCUUUAAUCCAGAAAACAACCUUUGAUUAGGUAUUACUACCCCCAUUUUAUAGAUAAGGAAACUGAGGCACCAUGACAGGCUGAUCUCGGUGGUUAAGGAGAUAGACUUAGGGCUCAGAUGACCCUAGGUUUGGGCAGGUAACUCCAACCUGGUGGGGUCUGAGAGUAGCACCUCCCUCUCGGGAUUGUUGUGAGGAUUUUAUGAGAUAACGCAUGUAAGCAUUUAGCACGGUGUCUGGCACAUAGUAAGCGCUCAAUAAAUGGUAGUUACUUUUGUCAAACUCAGUGAGUAAUUUGAACCCAAGUUGGUGUAAUGCCAGAGACUGGGUUCUUAGUCACCGCACUGUCACCUGCCCUGCACACAGCCUGGGUGUUCACAGUCCAGAAGAUUUUGAGAGAAGCCAUCCAACCUUAACACCCACCCACAGCAUCUGGGUGCGUCAUACUUUUCCUUCCUUUUGUCAGGCUGGCCUUCCAAAUGGAUGGUCAGAAAUUCUCCACUCUUCGUUGGAAUGGUUUCCUUGAGGUCUUGCCCACUUCCUGUUGCUCCUGGUCUGGGCUUUCCUUGGAGAAGGAGGCCCUUACCUCUUGCCUGAUGGGUGCCUCCACUCCAUGAGAGGGGAGGGCCUGUGACUCGCUCUGGACCCCAUUUUCCUCUGCCCAAGGACUAUGCUCUUUGCACACAGCUCAGCGGUCUGCAGCCGUUCCCUGUAUGGGGGGACCUCGCAGUGGGGGAAAAAACAAACCUGUGUGGCAGAUCAUAGUACUGACAGAAAGCCUAAAAGCCCUGCCCACACCCUCACAACAUAGCCAGUCAGGGGCCUUGUGUUUCGUGCUUUCUUACAAGCAUUAAUGGGCUGGAAGCAGGUGACCUCUUGAGGAUAGAUGGUAUGGGGUGUUUCUGUUGGAGUCUGGGCUAGCUAGAAUCAAGGUUAAAGGAUCAAAUGGGUGUGUGAUGAAUGAAGGGAGAACAGGCACUGGAUUGUGUGAAAAGUCUUUCACUUAGUUUUCCAAACGGAGAUGGGGACUUGGGGAGGGCAUGGGUGUGCGGUGGAGGAUUCUUUGCUUUGGAGGAAUCUUGUUGACAGAGAAUCCCUGAAAUUCUCAAGCCAGUGGGCUAAUGAUAACGACUACCGAUUGACCAUGGACUGUUUCCUGGGUGUUGCUGGGGAAUGAAAACCAGACUCAAAGGCCCAUUGUAUUUCAAGAAUGGCCUCUCUCCUUCAGUUAAAUAGUGAAGUACUGACUAUCAGGAGGAGAAGGUCGUGGAAGAGUUCAGUAAGCAGCUGCUGUAGCAGGCUGAUCCUGGCCUGCCCUCAUGCCCUUCUGAACCUGCGUUUGCCAGGCCUGGCACUUGUUCCCUUUACUCUUGCAUCUGACGGACCCAGGCUGUUUUCUGCCUGUAGAGAAGUGAGCUCUCAACUGGGGACAAGGGCCAUCUGGUCAUCGGGCUGACGAUGCCCCUGUGUCAGUCUCCCAGGCAUUGGGCAGGGCCUGGCUCCUUGCAGCCUUAACCUUUAUGUAGUGCUCAAGGGUUUAGAUGGGCUCAGCCGCCUGGUGAUUCUGUUCCAAGUGAACUUGUGUCUCUUUUAUUACCCCCAUUGCUGUUUUUGUCCUUGGCUCCUGGAACACGUCUGGUUCUCACCUCCAUUUGGUUCAUGGACUGGGCUUGCUGCUUUGGUGCCUAGAAACACCAGAAUAGGAAAGGAGUUAAGAAUAUUUUCUAGUGGGCAGAAUGUAUAUACAUGUUUUUCUAAGAGUGUCCUUUGCGUGCUGCUUCCUUUUCAUACACAGAGCGUCAUGUUGCUACAGCUGGGUGUCUGGGAACUGGCUAGAAAGGGAAAGAGCUGAGCAGACAUCAGGGCCAAUAAAACCAAAGGACUUGGAGCCAAGGGGACAAGUCAGGACAGGACGCAGAGAUGUGUUGUUGUCCAGCCAGAAGACUGCCGAGGAGCCUCGAGGGCAGAGGAGAAGCCAGGAGUCCUGCAGCUGAGGACAGACAGACAGAGGCCAGCCCUGUGUUUUGGGGCUGUGGGGACCAGAAACAGAGCUCAGAAGCCCAUCCAGGAAGAUUCAAAGCUCAUGGAUUAUGGACUAUCUUCUGGAGCUGAUGCUGAUACCAAAUUUUUAUUUUUAUUGAUGUUUAAUACUUUCCAAAAGAGGAGGGGAAAACCAAAGUGGGCGAGGUAAGAGGCCCCUCUGUUGGAGCCCUGGGAGCUCUGUGCUUGUUGGGUGAGUUGGGCGCAGCUGUGGACCUGCGCAAGUCUGUGUGCUCUGCGGAUCUGUUUAAUGGGAAAGCUUCCCCCACACAGAAAUGGCCUCCCUGCCCCAUUGGGGAGUUUGGGGAGUGUGAGGCAGUCACCUGGGGCCGAUCACCGCCUGUGUCUGUCACCCAGAGGUUAGCCUGGAUGGACCCUGCCCCCUCAAGGUCAGUUUCUCUGCCCCUCCCCUUGUGAGGUGCGAUUCAGUAGUCUCACACGGAUAAGCCGGGUACUGACAUUCGGUUUCUGGCCCUCAGACACGGGUGACCUUAGAGCAGCUCUUGGGUGUGUGUUGAGCUCACUGGACAGUCCGUCGGGCCUCCCCAGAUAGCUGUGUGUCCAUGUGUGUUGCUGUGCCCUUUAGCUGACGUGGGGGUUCACGGAGUCCACGUGUAUUAGCCACAGCUGACCUUUCUGUGUGCGCUGUCUGGUCUGUGUUGAACAGUACAUGUAGAUUCUUUUUCAGCGCAGUUCCAGAACAUCCUGUAUUGUACACUGGGAAAUAUUUACCUUAUUUAUAUACCUGAAUGUUCCUGUUACACAAAUAAACGUCUAUUAAAUUCUG